UGCUGCCCUCCUGACCGGCCUCCUCUGCUCUGCAUUCCUCGCAGGAUUACGGAGCGCACCGCGCUGGAGACAGAGCCACCCUUGCUGCCAUCACCGUGCCUCGACGAGCUGCUGACCAUGGGGCGGCUGGAGGGGACGGCCCUGCUGCUGCUGCUGCUGCUGCUGCUGCUGCUGGGGAGCCCGCGAGCGGGGCAGGCCUCCACGGUGCUGGGCACCCUGGAUCUCCAAAUCGACGAGGAGCAGCCGGCGGGCACUAUCAUUGGGGACAUCAGCGCCGGGCUGCCCCCCGGCACCACUGCCUACAUGUACUUCAUCUCGGCUCAGGAGGGUAGCGGCGUUGCCACCGACCUGGAGAUCGACGAGAACACGGGCAUCAUCAAGACAGCCCGCGUCUUGGACCGGGAGACCCGGGACCGCUACAGCUUCAUUGCCGUCACCCCCGAGGGCGUCACGGUGGAGGUGGGCAUCCAGGUGAACGACAUCAACGACCACGCGCCCGCCUUCCCGCGGCGCCGCGGCGCCCUCCAAAUCCCUGAGCACACGCCCGCCGGCAGCCGCUUCCCCCUGGACCCCGCCUUCGACGCCGACAGCGGGCAGCUGAACACCCAGGGCUACGCCAUCAAGGGGGGCAACGUGGGGCAGGCCUUUCGGCUGGAGACGCGUCGCGGCCCCAACGGGGUCCUGCAGCCCGAGCUCGUGGUGAGCGGGGUGCUGGACCGGGAGAACCGCUCGUCCUACGCCCUGGUGCUGGAGGCCUACGACGGUGGCUCCCCGCCCCGGAGCACCCAGAUGACCCUGCAGGUAUCAGUGCAGGACGUCAACGACAACGCGCCCGCCUUCAACCAGAGCCGCUACCACACCCUCAUCUCCGAGAACCUGAAGCCCGGCAGCAGCAUCCUGCAGGUCUUCGCCUCCGAUGCAGAUGAGGGCGACAAUGGGGCUGUGGUGUACGAGAUCAACCGGCGCCAAAGCGACCCCGACCAGUACUUCACCAUCGAUGCCCGCACCGGCGUCAUCCGGCUCAACAAGGGGCUGGACUACGAGCUGCGCAAGGUGCACGAGCUGGUGGUGCAGGCUCGGGACCGGGCGGUGCACCCCGAGGUCACCACAGCCUUUGUCACCAUCCACGUGCGCGACUACAACGACAACCAGCCCACCAUGACCAUCAUCUUCCUGAGCGAGGAUGGCUCGCCCCGCAUCUCCGAGGGGGCGCAGCCUGGCCAGUACGUGGCGCGCAUCUCCGUCUCGGACCCCGACUACGGCGAGUAUGCCAACGUCAACGUCUCCCUGGAGGGCGGCGACGGCAAGUUCGCACUCACCACCAAGGACAACAUCAUCUACCUGAUCUGCGUGGACCAGCUGCUGGACCGGGAGGAGCGGGACUCCUACGACCUGCGCGUGACGGCCACCGACUCGGGGACGCCACCGCUGCGGGCAGAGUCUGCCUUCGUGCUGCAGGUGACGGAUGUCAACGACAACCCGCCGCUCUUCGACCAGCAGGAGUACCGGCAGAGCAUCCCCGAGGUGGUGUACCCGGGCAGCUUUGUCCUGCAGGUGACCGCCCGGGACAAGGACCAGGGCCCGAACGGGGAGGUGCGCUACAGCAUCCUGCAGGGCCCCGACACCCACGCCAGCUGGUUCGCCAUUGACCCCGCCACGGGCAUCAUCACCACUGCUGCCCCCCUGGAUUACGAGAUGGACCCCCAGCCCCAGCUGACAGUGCUGGCCACGGACGGUGGGACGCCCGCGCUUUCUUCCACGGCCGUGGUGUUCGUGGUGUUGCAGGAUGUCAACGACAACGAGCCCGUAUUCAAGAGCAACUUUUAUAAUGUGUCCCUGAAGGAGAACACGCCUGCAGGGACCUGCUUCCUACAGGUCACGGCCACGGACGCGGACAGCGGCCCUUUCGGCUCCGUCUCCUACUCGGUUGGCUCCGGCAUCGGCAGCGUCGUGCCCACGCAGUUCAGCAUCGACAAACACACGGGGCAGCUGUGCACCGUGCAGCCUCUGGACCGGGACGAGGGCGCGGACGCCUACGACUUCACCGUCACGGCUGUCGAUGGGGGCGGCCUGAACUCCAUGGUGUACGUGAAGGUGUUCCUGGAGGACGUGAACGACAACCGGCCGGCCUUCUACCCGGUGGAGUACGCGGCCAGCAUCAGCACGCAGAGCAUGCCGGGCACGGCCGUGCUGCGUGUCACCGCGCACGACAAGGACGAGGGGCUCCAUGGGAAAGUGACCUACCACAUCGUGGCCGGGAACUCGCCCCCGCUCUUCUCCCUCAACAAGGACACGGGCGUCAUCUCGCUCUCGUGGUCCCUGAGCGGCAAAGCCAACACGUUGGUGCAGCUGGCGAUCUCGGCGCGGGACGGCGGAGGGCUGGUUGCCCAGCCCAACGCCCACGCGAACAUCAGCAUCGUGGCCGGCACCGUCUCGCCCCCCGUCUUCGAGCAGGCGCAGUACUUCUUCACGGUGACCGAGGACACGCCCCAGGGGACCAGCAUUGGCGCCGUGCGGGCCCAGAACCCCCCAGGCCACUCGGACGAUAUCUUCUACUCCAUCUCGUCGGGGGACCCCCACAGCUACUUCUCCAUUGACUCCGGCUCGGGGCAGCUGCGCAUCAGCCUGCCCCUGGACCACGAGGCGCAGGCGGUGCUGGUGCUGGACGUGCAGGCCCGCAGCGGCUCGCCGCCUGCCUACAGCAACGCGCGCGUGAAGAUCGCCGUGGCGGACGUCAAUGACAACGUGCCCGCCUUCCCCGCCCCUUCCGACUCCAUCUUGCUGCCCGCGGCCACCGCCCCCGGCACGGCUGUGUACACGCUGCAGGCCGAGGACCGCGACAGCGGGGCCAACGGGCAGGUGCACUUCGAGCUGGCGUCGGGCGGGGAUGGGGUUUUCAGCGUGGAGCGCGCCUCCGGCACGGUGCGGCUGGUGGGCGCGCUGCCCCCCGAGGCCGGCGCCCCGUAUGGGCUGGUGAUCGUGGCGCGGGACGGGGGCGCGCCCCAGCUCAGCGCCACCUUCACCCUGCUGGUGCACGUGCAGGCGGCGCACGACCACGGGCCGCUGUUCGACACGCUCAUCUACCGCGUGGAGGUGCGCGAGGGCACGCCCGUCGCCACCCGCUUCCUGCAGGUGCGGGCGCUGGCGCGGGAUGCGGGCGCUGCCCCCCUCACCUACCACCUGCGGGCCGACGGGGACGCCGCCAGCUUCGGCAUCGUGCCCGAGAGCGGCUGGCUCUACGUCAAGAGCGCGCUGGACCGGGAGACGCGGGACCUGUACGUGCUGACGGUGCUGGCCUCGGCGGGCGCGGGCAGCGGGACGGGCGGCAGGACGGGCACCAGCACGGUGCGGGUGAGCGUCACCGACGAGAACGACAACAGCCCACGGCUCAGCGAGGAGCGCUACUUCUUCACCGUGCCCGAGAACCAGCCUCCCGGCACCGGCGUGGGGCGGGUGACCGCCAGCGACCGGGACGCGGGCCCGAACAGCCGGCUCACCUACCGCCUCCUGCAGCACGACCCCAGCUUCCUCGUCCACACGCAGACCGGGGAGCUGAGCGCCCGACGCAGCCUGGACCGAGAGCAGCAGUCCAGCUACCAGCUGCUGGUGGUCGUGCAGGAUGGGGGGACGCCACCGCGCAGUGCCACGGGCACCGUCCACGUCACCGUGCUGGACGAGAACGACAACGCGCCCGCCUUCCUGCACGUGGCUGCUGGGCAGGAGCUCCCGGUGCAGGUGCUGGAGGAGAAGCCGUCGGGGCACCUGGUCGCCUCGCUGCAGGCCAAGGACCCCGAUGAGGGCGAAAACGGGACCGUCACCUACUCGCUGACAGGGGCUUGGGCCGAGCGCUUCACGCUGCACGUGGCCACGGGGGAGCUGCGCACGGCCACGAUGCUACGCCACGCUGACCGGGCCGAGUACCUCUUCACCGUGGCAGCCAGCGACCAGGGCGCGGUGCCCCGCCGCACCUCGGCCGUCGUCCGCAUUCAGGUGCUGCCGUCCUCCCGAGCGGUGCCACGGCCAGACGCCACGGUGCUGACGCUGCAGCCCAUGGAGGGCGUGAAGCCGGGAUCAGUGAUUGGGUCGGUGGCACCGACGGAUGCCCCUGCACGAGGGCAGGUGACCUACACGCUGGUGGGGGGCAGUGGGGACGGCACCUUCGUGGUGGACAGCUCGACGGGCGAGAUCUACGCAGCCCGGGAGCUGGACUACGAGGCGCGGGCACGGCACACGCUGCAGGUGAGCGCGGAGGACACGCAGCGCGGCUACCCCGCCAGCCGCCUGGUGCUGGUGCAGAUUCUGGUGCAGGACCGCAACGACCAGGCGCCCACCUUCCCCGAGGACCCCGUCACCAUCGUGGUGCCCGAGAACACGCCGGCCGGCGCCUCCGUCUUCACCUUCCAGGCGCUGGACGGGGACGGGGCCGGCCCCAACAGCCAGGUGCGCUACACCCUGCUGCGCCAGGAGCCCUCCGGUGCCUCCUUCCAGCUGGACGCACACUCGGGCACCCUGAGCCUGCUGCGGGCGCUGGACCGCGAGACCGCCGCGUCCUUCCUGCUGGUGGUGGAGGCCACGGACCAGGCGCGCAACGCGAGCCAGCGCCGCUCAGCCGCCGUCACCGCCCGCGUCUUUGUGACGGACGAGAACGACAACGCGCCCACGUUCCUGUCGCCCAGCGCCGUGCGCGUGGUGGAGGACCAGCCCACCGGCUUCGUGGCCCUGCACGUGGUGGCGCGGGACGGCGACCUGGGCGAGAACGGCCGCGUCAGCUACGCGCUGCGGGCCGGCAACGCCGACGGCCGCUUCCACCUCAACCCCAGCACCGGUGCGCUGUCCAUCGUGCGGGCGCUGGACCGCGAGGAGGUGGCGCAGCACAACCUGACGGUGGUGGCCACGGACCACGGCUUCCCGCGGCACUCAGCCACGCAGCUGCUGUCCGUGCUGGUGCUGGACGUCAACGACGAAGCGCCCGUCUUCGCCCAGCCUGACUACGAGGCCGGCGUGCGCGAGAACCUGCCGGCCGGCACCUCCGUGCUGCAGGUCCAGGCCACCGACCGCGACCUGGGUGCCAAUGGGGAGGUGAGGUACGGGGGCCUCUCCGGGGGACCCUUCUCCAUCCACCCGCAGACUGGGCUCAUCACCACCACGCGGGCCCUGGACCGGGAGGAGCAGGAGCUGCACGUGCUGACGGUGUACGCCCGGGACAGCGGCCUGCCCCCCAACGUGGCCAAAGCAACGGUGCGCGUCCUGGUGGGGGACGAGAACGACCACGCGCCCCGCUUCGAGAGCCAGUCCUGCUCCAUGGAGGUGCCCGAGAACGAGAGCCGUGUGAUGCUGCACGUCCUGCGGGCGACGGACCCCGACACCGGCGAGAACGGGCGCCUGGAGUACUACGUGGAAGACGGGGACCCUGCCCAGGACUUCAGCCUGGACCCAGCCUCGGGCAUCCUGUCCACUGCGCGCAGCCUGGACCGGGAGCACACAGCCGCCUACGUCCUGACCGUGGUGGCGCGUGACCACGGGAUGCCGCGGCGCAGUGCCACCACCACAGUGCACGUGCGGGUGCUGGACCUCAAUGACCACGCACCACGGUUCGCUGAGGCCACCUACGCCGUGGAGGUGCCUGAGGACCUGCCCGUGGGCGCGCUGGUGCUGCAGCUAGCGGCGCAGGACCCUGACGAGGGCACCAAUGGGCGCGUCUCCUACUACUUGGGCAAUGAGUCGCUGGGCACCUUCCAGGUAGACCCAGAGAGCGGGCGCAUCACCAGCGCCCAGGCCCUGGACCGCGAGCGCCGCCCCAGCUACAGCUUCCUGGCCACGGCCGUGGACUCGGCGCCCUGGGAGCCCAAGAGUGCGGCCGUGCGUGUGACGGUGACCGUACAGGACGUGAACGACCACGCGCCCGCCUUCCUGCAAAGCCCCCUCACCAUCACUCUGCCACACCACACGCCGCCCAAGCAGGUGGUGGCCACGCUGCGGGCUGAGGACCGGGAUGCGGGCGCCAACGCAUCUGUGCUGUACCGCUUCGCCGCCCCCACCCCCGGCUUUGCCAUCAACUCCUACACCGGCGCCAUCCAGCUGCUGCAGCCCCUGAGCUCGCUGGGCCCCCGCCAGCGCACCCUCUUUGUUCUGGCCACUGACCAGGGCCAGCCAGCAUUGUCCUCCACCGGCGUGGUGGUCAUCCGCCUGCAGGACGAGGGCGACCGCGGCGUGCGCUUCCCCCGCAGCACCAGCGAGGUGGCCCUGCCCGAGAAUGCGGCCGCUGGCACCGCGGUGGUGACCGUCCAAGCCAUGCACGCGGGCGGCUCCUCAGGGCGCAUCACCUACAGCAUCGUUAGCGGCAACGAGAGGGGCACCUUCCUCAUCCAGCCCCACUCAGGGACCAUCUCCGUGCGGGACUCGAGAAGCCUGGACUUUGAGGCCAGCCCGCGGCUGCGCCUGGUGGUGCAGGCCGAGACGCCGUCCGCCUUCGGCUUCACCGCCGUGAACCUCAACCUGCAGGACGUGAACGACAACCUGCCGCGCUUCCAGCUGCAGAACUACGUGGCCUUCAUCUGGGAGGCGCAGGGCUACGACUCGCCCGUCAUCCAGGUCCUGGCUGAUGACCUGGACCAGGGGGCCAACGGGCAGGUGACCUAUGCGAUCAACCAGUCGCUGCCCAUGAACGGGCUGUACCACAUCGAUGCCCAGACCGGGGCCAUCACCACCGCUGCCAUCCUGGACCGUGAGAUCUGGUCCCAGACACGGCUGGUGUUGAUGGCGGUGGACCGCGGGAACCCGCCCCUCGUGGGCUCGGCCACGCUGACCGUGGUGGUGAUGGAUGUCAACGACAACAGCCCCACCAUCCCGCUGCCCUGGGAGGUGCGGGUGCCCGAAAACACGCUGCUGGGCACCGAGAUCACCCAGGUGACAGGGAACGACGUGGACUCGGGUCCAGCCCUGUCCUACGCACUGGUGCUGGACGGCGACGCGGCUGGCACCUUUGGGGUCCUGCGCUACAGCGGCCGCAUCGCCCUGACGGGGCCCCUGGACCACGAGCAGCGCAGCCGUUACGCCCUGACCGUCCGCGCCUCGGACUCCCGCCACGAAGCCGAGGCCAACCUCACCGUCAUCGUGGAGGACGUCAAUGACAACGCCCCUGUCUUCAGCCAGGGCCUCUACCAGGUGACCUUGCUGGAGCACACGCCCGCGGGCAGCGCCAUCCUCACUGUCAGCGCCACGGAUCGUGACUCCGGCAGCAACGGGGAGUUCACCUUCCACCUGGCCACGCCAAGCGCCGGCGUCUCCAUCGACCCCAGCAACGGGACGCUGUUCACCACGCGGCAGGCGGCCUUCGAUCCAAGCCGGCCCACGCUGGACCUGGUGGUGGAGGCCCGUGACAGGGGCUCACCCGGGCUCUCGGCUUGGGCCACGGUGCAGAUCCGGGUGGUGGACAUGAACGACCACAGCCCGGCCUUCCAGCAGCCGCAUUACAAUGCCUGCGUGCCCGAGGACCUGCGCCCCGGCACCACCGUCCUGAUGCUGGAGGCGGGCGACGCCGACCUGUCCCGCGAGAACGCCGGCUUCGACUACACCAUCGUCAGCGGCAAUGGCGGCAACGCCUUCCAGGUGGAGAGCCGGGUGAGCUGGGUGGGCGGACAACUGCGCACCCAGGGCGCCCUGGUGCUGGUGGAGCCGCUGGACUUCGAGGCCACGCCGCUCUACAACCUGACCGUUGCGGCCUCCGACAGGGGCCUGCCGCAGCGCAGCAUUGCCGUGCCCGUGCUCGUCACCGUGCUGGACGUCAACGACAACCCUCCCGUGUUCGCCCGCGCUGAGUACCGCGCGGCUGUGAGCGAGAGUGCCCCCCCCGGCACCGAGCUGCUGCGGGUCGUGGCCCAGGACGCCGACUCCGGCCCCCACGGCCGCGUGCGCUACAGCAUCAGCUCCGGCGACCAGCGCGGCCUUUUCCAGCUGCACGAGAGCACGGGCGCCCUGCGCCUGGUGCAGCCCCUGGACUGCGAGACCCAGGCCCUGCAUGCCCUGGUGGUGCAGGCGUCCGAUGGCCCCGGGGGCCACUUCGCCCUGGUGCCCGUCGCCAUCGAGGUGAAGGACGUCAACGACAACAGGCCCUACUUCCCGGUGGAGACGGUGAGUGCCGGCCUGCGGGAGAACCUUCCUCCCGGCACGCUGGUCACCACGCUGCGUGCCGUGGAUGCCGACGCCGGCGCCUUUGGGGAGCUGCACUACACGGUGCUGGACCAGCCCGUGGGGGCACCGGGCGCGGCCGAAGCCCACGACUCCUUCACCAUCAACAGCAGCUCCGGGGAGCUGCGUUCACGCCUCACCUUUGACUACGAGCGCGCCAAGGCCUUCCAGCUGCUGGUGCGGGCUGUGGACGCCGGCAACGCCUCGGCCACCGUCACCGUGCGGGUGCUGGUGACAGGCGAGGACGAGUACGACCCCGUCUUCCAGGACCCGCCCUUCCACUUCGAGGUGCCCGAGGGUGCCCGCAAGGGCCAGAGCAUCGGCCGGGUGGAGGCCACGGACGAGGACGAGGGGGCGGACGGAGUGGUGCUCUAUGCCCUGGCCAAGCCCUCGCCCUACUUCGGCGUCAACCAGACCACGGGCACCGUGUACCUGCGGGUGGACAGCCAACCGCAGCCGGCCGGCCGAGCCAAGCGGGAGCCCCGGGAGAUGAGCCUGGAGGUGCAGGCCCGCAGCCCGCUGCCCGGCUCCCGCUCGGCCUCCACCCAGGUCACCGUGGACAUCACGCACACCACCUUCGGCCUGGCCCCCGAGCUCAACCUGCUGCUGGUGGUGGCCGUGGCGGCCUCGCUGGGCGUGGUGGUGGUGCUGGCCACCAUGGCCAUCGUCCUGGCGCUGAUCCGCUCCCGGCAGCGCCGCGGCCGCAAGAAGCCGGAGCCGGACGCGCAGCUGAGCCGCGUGCAGAGCGGCUCCCUGCAGAAGCUGGGCCACGAGGAGCCGGCACUGCCCGGUGGGGACCACAUCUACCACCAGACCCUGCCGGGCUACGGGACCGAGCCGGCCGGGCCCUACACGCGGGGCGGCUCCCUGGACCCCUCGCACUCCAGCGGCCGUGGCUCGGCCGAAGCAGCCGAGGACGACGAGAUCCGCAUGAUCAACGAGUACCCACGCGUGGCCAGCAUCACCUCCUCCCUGCAGGAGCACCUGGCCGCCCGCGGCCCCGACUCCGGCAUCCAGCAGGAUGCCGACCAGCUCUCCGACAUCUCCUGCGAGCCCGGCGCCCUGGAGGGCGCCCAGUGGUUCAAGAGCAAGAAGGGCUCCGGCUUGCUGCUGCCCGGGCAGCCCCCGCAGCUGUACCGCGAGGACGGGGGCGGCAGUGCCUUCCUGGGCGUGGGCUGCGGCCUCAGCGUCUCCGGCCACCCCAAGGACUACGCCUUCCCCGAGGACGGCAAGCCCUCCGUGGAGGGCUCGCUCACCGCCAUCGUGGCCAGCGACGAGGAGCUCCGCGGCAGCUACAACUGGGAUUACCUGCUCAACUGGUGCCCCCAGUUCCAGCCGCUGGCCAGCGUCUUCACCGAGAUCGCCCGGCUCAAGGACGAGAGCUCGCUGCGCAAGCCCUUCCCGGCCAAGCCCAAGGCGGAGCCGAAGCCCCGCAUCGACCCCCCGCCCCUCAUCACCGCCGUGGCCCACCCGGGCGCCAAGUCGGUGCCGCCCAAGCCGGCCGCGGGCAGGACCUUCCCGCACCUGUCGUCCCUGCGCCGCUCGCCCAUUAGUCACGAGGGCUCCAUCUCCUCCUCCGCCAUGUCGCCCAGCUUCUCGCCCUCCCUGUCCCCGCUGGCCGCCCGCUCCCCCGUCGUGUCCCCCUUCGGCGUCUCCCAGGGGCCCUCUGCCUCCGUCAUCAGCGCCGAGCACUCGCUGGAGCCCCUGGAUGAGGCCGAGCUCAGGAUCUAGCCCCGAGGGCCCGGGACUCGCCCGCCCCGGCUCUCUGCCGCCCCAGCGCUGCAGGGCAGGGACAGGGGGGCAGGGGCCGUCCCCACCGGCGCCGCGGCCCGGGCGCCGAUCUCCGCAGGC